GAAAGAAGCAUCAUUUUCUCAUCUCUCUCUUUAUAAACCCUAGAUUUCCACCAUUAGGGUUACUGAUAUUAUUUUCUGAGAGAGAUGGCGACUACAGGAACUGUGACGGCGAAGAGGAAGCCUGUGUUUGUGAAAGUUGAACAGCUGUCUCCUGGAACGACCGGUCACACGUUGACUGUUAAGGUCGUUGAUUCCAACCCGGUGGCUCCGACUAACCGUAAGACUCGUCCGGGUAGUUCUAUGAGCCGUCCUUCUCAGCCUACUCGAAUCGCUGAGUGUCUUAUUGGAGAUGAGACUGGGUGUAUUCUCUUCACUGCUCGUAACGAUCAAGUUGAUGUUAUGAAGCCUGGAGAGACGGUGAUACUGCGCAACUCGAGGAUAGAUAUGUUCAAGGGUACGAUGAGGCUUGGGGUUGAUAAAUGGGGACGCAUUGAAGCCACUGAGCCAGCAUCUUUCACUGUCAAGGAGGAUAACAAUCUGUCUCUUGUUGAGUAUGAACUGAUUAACGUUAAUGAUCAGUGAUCUUCUUUAGUGUGUGUUAUGGAAGUUAAGAGGGUUAUGAUUCUUCUUCUACCGUGAGUGUCUUUGAUUUAGUUCUUCUGAUGCUUGCUUGUAGGAAUGCUUUGUUUUUUUACCUAUAACUUCAAGUCAGGAUCUCCUUAUUUAUUCUUGGUGUUCUUUUGCGAAACUCUAACAUAAACUUGUUGGCUUCUAGCAAGUCGGAAGUAGAAUCAUCGUAUUUGUAGAUCUUUGAAGUCAACAUAUUAACACGAUAUUAGUAGAGAGAGG